CCCAAGACGGGCGCCGCCUCUCUAUCUCUCUGUCCAGAGUCGGCGUAGGUUGAUGACGCACUUCCGGCCUGGUUUGUUUUCCCUCGUUGGCGUGCUGGCCGGCGUCUUGAACUGUUGUGACGGCAUUUUAGGGGAUACGGUGGCCGCGCGCCCCGCUUUCUGGGAAUUCCAUCGGGGUCUCGGGGCCCCGGAGGCUGCGAUGGCGGCGGCCUGCGCGGUGGUACUGGCGUUGAAAGCAGAAGCGGAGGAGGAAGAGAAGGACCCCGGGUUCUGGCUGGACCCCGAAACCUCCCGGAGACGCUUCUGGCGGCUGCGCUCCGAGAACGUGUCCGGCCCGGAGGAGGCGCUGAGCCGCCGGCGGGAGCUGUGCCGCCGCUGGCUGCGGCCCGAGCGGCGCUCCAAGGAGCAGAUGCUGGAGCUGCUGGUCCUCGAGCAGUUCCUCAGCCUCUUCCCUCGCCGGCUGCGGGACCCUGUGCGCCACCGGCGCCCCGAGAGCGGGCGGAGGCGGCAGGACACCCCGACUUUCAAGGCCGAGGCCGGAUCUCCGACCCGGGGAGAAUGGCAGCAGCUGGCCGCGGCCCCCCCAGAACGGAGAGAGCACGGAGGGGAGCACGGCCAUGCUGGGCUUGGAGAACCAAGCUGCCUGGAUCCCAAAGCAGGAGAAGGACUGUAAGGAGGAGGCCAAGCCUGCGCAGGACUGGGU